AUCCUCUUCGGGCUCUGCUAGCCGCCUAAUCUGCACGGGCGUCCCAUGGGAAAGAGAGGCCACCAAAUCCUGGAAUAGAGCUCACUGACUGGUGUGCAGCCACAGGGGCGGUCUAUGCAGCCGACGAAAAGGUGGAGAGAAAGGGGAAGAGUGACGACGGAAAAGCUGUGUGUGAAAAGGGAGAGAAGGAGGGGGGCGCGGGGAGAAGGAGGCCUGGAGGAGGCGUGCUCACAUCGACUGAGAAAAAGCUGGUGGGUCUUCUGAUCCACACACACACUAGUUUCUUUUUGUGUGGCCUCCUUUCUGGAAUCCAAGCGCUCUAAAUUCCAGUGAACGUUCUGCGGGGACUUCUGUUACUUCGUAUCACAAAGUUUGCCGCUUUUGUGUCCGGACAUGGGCAGAGGAAAACAACUUCUGCUUCUUCUCGGUUUAAUGUGCACAAUGAAGAGUUGCACGCCGAUGUGUGACAGUGGCAUGAAGAUGGAAGGAAGCCAAUGUGUCGAUGUGGAUGAAUGUCAAGAAAUUCCAGGACUAUGUGGGAACCACACACGGUGCUUGAAUACAUAUGGUACCUACUACUGUCAGUGCCAGUCAGGCUUCACGAACAUUUACGGAAAUCCGGAUUUCACUGGCAUUGAUGGACAGUGUCAAGAUGAAAACGAGUGUGGCUAUGACACAGAAAUUUGUGGUCGCAUGGCCGAUUGUAUCAACCUGAUUGGGGGCUUCAGCUGUACCUGCAAAUCUGGGUACACCCAGUCCAGAAAAACUGCACACUGCAGAGACAUUGAUGAGUGCGAGGAAGCUGAGAAUCGGAAAGAAGACAUCUGUGGAAGUAAAGGAAAUUGUAAAAAUGUAAAUGGAAGUUACUGGUGCAAGUGUGCAAAAGGAUACACUAAUUAUGGCAAUCAAAAGACUCCUUGUUCUCAACUGGAUUGUGAAACCUUUGAUGCCGGAAGUGCACCAUUGCAGUAUAACAGCGGCUUGGCAGAUCUGUUGUCCAUGAUGAGGAACAGCUGUGUGACUCUGUCUAACUCAAAUCACAGCAAUGUCGGCGAGGCUGGAGGAGAUGCGCUACUGGAGAGACUUCUGACCGCAUCCGAGACUGUCUUAUCAUCAGUCAAUAUGGAUACAGUUGGAAACAUGCAUGGGCUGCUCAGCACAAUGGAAAACUCCAUCAGGCUCAUCGGCCCACAGCUCAGAGACAGCCGCACUUCAAUGGGGUCCAAUGAGACAGUUGUGGAGAUUGCAGUGCACAGGGGAAGGACUCCACCCACUGGAUUGCUGCAUCUGGCAACUGAAAACUCAACUCUCGACACUGACUGGAAAACGGCAGCCGGUACAGGAACAUAUCCUGGCUUUGCUAUGGCUGCGUUGUUGAGUUACCACAACCUGGAAAGAUCUGUUAACCAUUCCUUUGACGAGCUUCUAGGAUUUCAAAAAGAUGGCGUUGAACCAACUUUCAAAAUCUUCUCCCAGCUUGUGUCUGUUGUGGUGUCUAACCCAUCCACUCAGAACCUGAGCCACCCGGUCACCCUCACGCUCAGACAUCUUCAGAACAAAUCAGAGUCAAGAUACAUUUGUGCAUACUGGAACGAUAGAGGUGCCUGGGCCACAGAUGGUUGCCAUCAAGACAGAUCCAAUGCUACCCACACAGUGUGUCGAUGUGAACAUCUCAGCAGUUUCGCUGUGCUGAUGGCUCACUAUCCUGUAAAUCAAUCCUUUGCAAUCCAGAUGAUCACAAAGAUCGGACUGAUCCUCUCCCUGCUGUGUCUGAGUGUUUCCAUCUUGACGUUCAAGUUCUGUCGCUCCAUACACGGGACGCGCACAACCAUCCACCUGCACCUCUGCAUCUGCCUCUUCAUUGCUGACCUCAUUUUCUUGGCCGGCAUUUCCCAAACAAAGCCUGUGGGCGGAUGCAGGUUUAUUGCUGCCAUGCUCCAUCUUUUCUUCAUGGGGGUGUUUGCAUGGAUGCUCCUUGAGGGGGUGCAGCUUUAUCGUAUGGUUGUCCUGGUUUUCAAUGCCACCAUUCGGCCCCUCUACUUAUUCCUCUUCGGCUACGGGAUGCCCUUGGUUGUUGUCAUUCUAUCUGCCAUCAUUAGGCCCAAAGGAUACGGUACUGAGGAGCACUGCUGGCUGUCUCUCGAAGAUGGCCUCAUCUGGAGCUUCUACGGCCCUGUGUGCGUCAUCAUCUUCAUCAAUGUCUUCUUCUUCAUCGUCACCGUCUGGAAGCUGGCCCAGAAGUUCAGCAGCCUCAACCCGGACCUGUCCAAGCUCAACAAAUUCAAAGCUUUCACAGUGACAGCCAUUGCGCAGAUGUGCAUUCUGGGACUUAUGUGGGUAUUUGGAGCCUUCCUUUUCCGCACGGGCAACGUGGUUGUGGAAUACAUAUUCACCAUCUUAAACAGCCUCCAAGGAGCACUGGUCUUCAUCAUGCACUGCCUCCUAUCAAAACAGGUUAGAGAGGAGUACUACAACUUUUUCUCUUGCAUCUGCACGCCAAAGAAAAGAUACACAGACUUCAGCAGUACAAAUCCAUCCAAUAGUCAAUCACAAGGUUCUCAGAGUGGGCAAAACACUGGAGAAUCCCACAUAUGAAUUGCUCUCUUUUUGUAGUCGUCCCAACGAAAGACAUGUAGCAAAUAUUCGAUUUUAAAGCCUCAAAAUGAACCUUAGAGCCAAAGCAUCCAGAUGAUGCUUUCAGGUGCUUCUGACAAAGCUUGUGUUCCAAGUUUCUAGAUGAAAUGUAGAUGAAAUGUCAUUCCUUCUACAGAGAUAAAUGGUUUGUUAAGUUUGACCAUGUCUUUUGAAGGAUAAUGCUUCGAAAUGUUAAACUAUGGCUACAACAGCAAUGAAGUAACCUGUGGUAAAUAGUAGUUAUGAAGAAAAACAUCUGAAAGUGAAGAUAUUUUAUCUUUUUUUUUUCUUGAUUCAUCUUGAGCAUAUCUUUACUGUUAUAUAAACUUUAUUCCCUUUGGACAGUUUGGGUUUAUUUUAUGCGAAAAACAGACAUGAUGGAGUCUUGGAUGUAUUUUCUGAGAAUUUUCCAAGUAAAAUGUUUAAAGUUAACCAGUCAUUUAAGGAGAAUAGCUUCCAUUUGGUUUUCUGGGAGACAAAAACAAAUGACCAAUUUUGAACAUAAUUCCUAAAGUGCUUUGGGCCAUGUUCACGCAAACCCCCCAUGUAGGCCUUCAGUUUAAUGAAAAACCAACGAGAGUGUAAAGAUACAAUUACCAAACUAGAUAAGAAUUUGAACUACUUUUGGCGAUGUUGAACACUAUUUUGGUUUGCAUUUGCCUUUAGACACUGGUUGAUGGGACAUUUUUCUAAAAGGAUUUCUUACGACAUCGAGAACUCGGACCCACACCCUAUUUGAUGACUGGUGCAGCUUCUUGUUGUCGUGGGAUUAAAUUCCACAUUGUUACGUCAUCAUAGCUGCUCAUGUACUCAUCUUUGCUUCAUGGUUACUGUAAGGAUAAAAGCGAGGGAGUAAUAUACCUUAAAUAAUUAAAUCGCACUUUUUCUUCAUUGAACAUGCUUUGUGACUUGAAAACCUUCCUUCAUUUAUAGAACAGUUCACGUGAUGUGAAAUUAUUAUAAUUUAUACAAAUUAAUCCUAUUACGCCAGAGACUUUUAGUUAAAAGAGUCAUACAAGCUUCUGUCAAUGGCGUUGGCCUGUUUCUUUGUUUACAUUCAAAUCUUGUCAUGUGAGCUCCUUUUGUUGUCAACUUAACUGUUUUUAUUCUAUGUUGAGUUGCGUUUUUCGUAACCACUUUUUAUUCAUGUAUUUGCUUUCAUUCUUUGUGUUUUUUAGUAUGUGCUGAAUGUAAGCUUUUGGUGGUUGACUAAGAUGGUAUAUGAACCUAUUUUUCUACUUUGUUGUUUUCGUACCGUUGUCUUUAAAAGACUAUGCUCAGGAUAUCGUAUUAAAAUUUUUAUUUCAUCAA